CUCCUGCUCUCUCCUGCAGCUCCUGCGCGGGAGGAGACGCGCAGCUGACUUUGUCCUGUCUGCACGCUGGUCCCUGGUCCUCGGAGCCUUCUCUCCCCUGGGCAAAAUGGCAUCCCUGAAGGAAAAACUCAUUGUACCUGUAGCAGAAGAGGAGACAGGCGUCCCCAACAAUAAGAUCACCGUCGUGGGUGUUGGGCAAGUUGGUAUGGCGUGUGCUAUCAGCAUUUUGGGGAAGUCUCUGGCUGAUGAACUUGCCCUUGUGGACGUUCUGGAAGACAAGCUCAAGGGAGAAAUGAUGGAUCUGCAGCAUGGCAGCUUAUUUCUGCAGACGUCCAAAAUUGUGGCAGACAAAGACUACUCCGUGACCUCCAACUCUAAGAUCGUGGUGGUAACGGCAGGCGUGCGUCAGCAGGAGGGGGAGAGUCGUCUCAACCUGGUGCAGAGAAAUGUGAACGUCUUCAAGUUCAUCAUUCCUCAGAUCGUCAAGUACAGCCCCGACUGUAUCAUCAUCGUGGUGUCCAACCCAGUGGACAUCCUUACAUAUGUUACCUGGAAGCUAAGUGGAUUGCCCAAGCACCGUGUGAUUGGAAGCGGGUGUAAUCUGGAUUCUGCUAGAUUUCGCUACCUUAUGGCUGAAAAACUUGGCAUCCAUCCCAGCAGCUGCCAUGGGUGGAUCCUGGGAGAACACGGAGACUCCAGUGUGGCUGUGUGGAGUGGAGUGAAUGUGGCAGGUGUUUCUCUUCAGGAACUGAAUCCAGAAAUGGGAACAGACAAUGACAGUGAGAACUGGAAGGAGGUGCAUAAGAUGGUUGUUGAGAGUGCCUAUGAAGUCAUCAAGCUGAAAGGGUACACCAACUGGGCGAUUGGGUUAAGUGUGGCUGAUCUCAUUGAGUCCAUGCUAAAAAAUCUCUCCAGGAUUCACCCAGUGUCAACAAUGGUGAAGGGCAUGUAUGGCAUUGAGAACGAAGUUUUCCUGAGUCUUCCUUGUAUCCUCAAUGCCCGGGGACUAACCAGCGUUAUCAACCAGAAGCUGAAGGAUGAAGAGGUUGCUCAGCUCAAGAAAAGUGCAGAUACCCUGUGGGACAUCCAGAAGGACCUAAAAGACCUGUGACCAUUGAGUUCUAGGCUGUAGAAAUCGAAAAAUUCUAAUGUGAUUAAAACUGAGCCUUUAGUUUUCGUCCAUGUUCAGGGGUCACAGUUGCUUCCUCCCUAAUAUGUGAUCUGGGCUCACAGAAUCAAAGCCCAGACUUGAUUGAAUGCUUGCAAUAUGAGCUCUUGAACAAAUAAAAUUAACUAUUAGAGUGUG